AUGAGUUCUGCUAAAGUUGCCACCCUUACUUCUAUUAAAAAGGAAUCCAGUAUCUCCAGGGAAGCUAAAAAAGAACUCCCUCUAGAUCUUCAGAUUGAGAAACUCAUUAGGUCGGAUGCACACGUCAGCAUUACCAGAUCUAUUAAGAACCCUUCACUUUCCACAGGCGCCGACAAAUCAGGCCUGGCAAUUCUUCCUGAAAACUCGAAAAAGAGACUAGUUGAAGGAGGGAUAGACAUCUCUAAAGGCUACCCACAGGUUCCUGAUAGAGCUAAAAUCCCAGUCUAUGUCGAUCAAGCACAUGCUAUUCGAGACUAUGACAUGCCUUAUAUCGAAAGAGGAAAGAAUGCCGAUCCCGAGAAAAAAGCAUUGCUCAGUGCAGCUAAAGAGGUUAAAGAUCUUACCACCCAUAUUGGCACGGAGAUUGUUGGUUUACAGUUGGCUGAUUUGACUGAUAAGCAGAAAGAUGAAUUGGCUCUCUUGAUUGAAGAAAGAGGUGUUGUCUUUUUCAGAAACCAGAAAUUGCCUCCAAAAACUCAAAGAGAUUUAGGUGAAUACUGGGGAAAUGUUGAAGUUCAUCCUCAGGUUCCACAAGUUCCUGGUCUACCCGGAAUUACUGUCAUCUGGAAUGAUUAUCUUCAGACUAAGGGUAUGAAUAUAAAUUUCAAGAAUUGCAACAACGGCAAUUUUGAUAUUGUCAGAUAUGGUUCUGUCGGUAACCAAACAUGGCACACCGAUUUAGUUCACGAAAGACAACCUGCUGGUAUUACGCAUCUUCAUUUGGACACAGUUCCAGAUACUGGUGGGGAUACUCUCUGGGCUUCUGGUUAUGGUGCUUAUGAUAAAUUGUCUGAAGAAAUGAAGAAGUUUUUGGAUGGUAAAAAGGCUGUUUUUGUGUCUGCCCAUUCCUAUUUGAAUAGGGACGAUCCGUUUGGCCCUCCGCAACAAGUAGAAAGGAUUCAUCCAUUAGUUAGAACUCAUCCUGCAACUGGAUGGAAGUUCUUGUUUGUUAACCGUUCCAUGACCAAAAGAAUCGUUGGCUUGACACCUGUAGAAUCAGAUGUCAUUUUGAACUACUUAUUUGAUGUCUACGAGAAGAAUGCCGACAUUCAGGUGAGAUUUAACUGGAAAUCGGAUCCUGGCUAUGGUACUUCUGCUAUUUGGGAUAACCGAUCAUCUCAACACAGAAAUGUGUGGGACAACGAAGGAAAAGUUCCUAGACAUGGUACAAGAGUCACAUCUUUGGCUGAAAUUCCAUAUUUUGACCCUAAAUCAAGGUCUCAAAGGGAAUCACUAGGUCUUCCAAUUACAAAAGAAGAUUAA